AUGGCCGAACAUUUCAUCCAUAUUCGACACGUACUCCUUUACGAGUUCGAAUCUGGCCACCUCGCUACUGAAGCCCAUCGAAACUUAAGUCAAGUAUUCGGCGCUGAAGCCCUUUCUGGGCGGUCUGUGCGCGUCUGGUACCAGCGCUUCAAAUCCGGAAACAAGAAACUCGAAGAUGAGCCUCGCUCUAGUCGACCGACUGCAAAAUCGUUUGACGAACUGAAGAAUCUGGUGGAGCAGCAUCCAUAUGAACGUGUGCGGUAUUUUGCUGCCAGUCUUGGCCAUUCGCUAUCCACUGUGAGCAAUGGACUGCGAUCUCUCGGAAUAGUGAAAAAGCUCCGUCAGUGGCUCCCACAUGCAUUGAGCCACGACAACUGCCAAAGACGCCUGGACAUCUGCACUCAGCUGCUCUCCAGAAACCGCAGAUUCGACUGGCUGGACACCAUUGUCACUGAAGAUAAAAAAUGGGUCCUCUACGUCAACCACACCCACAAACGUGCAUGGUGCGCUGGCGAUGAAAUUCCGGAUCCUUUCGUGAAAGGUGAAAUUCAUGAGAAGAAGAUCAUACUGAGCGUCUGGUACAUGGAAUCUACCGUUUCGAACUGCUGCCGGACAACACGACAGUUACUGUCGAGGUCUACUGCGCUCAACUGCAAAGACUGGCCGACAAAAUCCGCAAGGAGCACCCGAAGCUCGAAAACGUUCGCCUGCUGCACGAUAAUGCGCGCCCUCACAUCGCGAAAAAGACUUCCCAGAAAAUUCUGGAGCUCGGAUGGGAAGUUCUACCGCACCCACCGUACAGCCCGGACCUGGGCCCGACCGACUACCAUCUCUUCCGAUCGCUUCUGCAUCACCUGGAAAAGAAGCGCUACGAUGAUCGUGACCACCUCGAAAAUGACCUUCGGGCUUUCUUCGCCUCCAAGUCGCCGGAGUUCUAUGCCAAAGGAAUCCGUGAUCUUGUGA